AUGAGUCCCGAGGAGAAGCCGCCGCCGCCGCCGCGCCGCUCCCGGGGCAGCCGGGCGCCCCAUCAGCCGCGGCGCGGGGGCCUCUUGACGGAGAUCCGGACGCGCAUCCUCACCGAGCCCUUCCAGGAGCGAUACAGCCUCAGCCCCGGCCGCGAGCUCGGCAGGGGGAAAUUUGCAGUAGUAAAAAAGUGUGUAAAGAAAGAAACUGAAAAAGAAUUUGCAGCAAAAUUCAUGAGGAAAAGAAGAAAGGGCCAAGAUUGCCGGAUGGAGAUAAUUCAUGAGAUUGCAGUUCUGGAACUGGCACAACGAAAUCAUUGGGUUAUUAACUUGCAUGAAGUAUAUGAAACACCAACAGAAAUUAUUUUGGUUUUGGAAUAUGCUGCUGGAGGAGAAAUAUUUGACCAGUGUGUAGCUGAAAGAGAUGAUGCCUUCAAGGAAAAAGAUGUUAAGCGUCUCAUGAGGCAAAUUUUAGAAGGUGUUUCGUUUUUGCAUCGGAAUAAUGUAGUUCACCUUGACUUGAAGCCCCAGAAUAUUCUGCUAACCAGUGAAUCACCACUGGGAGAUGUUAGAAUAGUUGACUUCGGCCUCUCCAGAGUAAUGAAGAAUAGUGAGGAACUAAGAGAAAUUAUGGGAACACCUGAAUAUGUGGCUCCAGAAAUUCUGAGUUAUGAUCCAAUCAGCACUGCAACAGACAUGUGGAGCAUUGGAGUGCUAGCAUAUGUUAUGCUCACAGGAGUAUCACCUUUCUUGGGAAAUGAUAAACAGGAAACAUUCUUAAAUAUAUCUCAGAUGAAUGUUAAUUACUCUGAGGAUUUUGACCUUAUAUCUGAAUUUGCUGUGGAUUUCAUCAAAUCUCUUCUGGUUAAAAAGCCUGAGGAACGGGCAACAGCAGAUGAAUGUUUGGUACAUUCUUGGCUAGCACAAAUGGAUGUUCCUGAUACUAUAUACUGGAUAAAGAACACAGAGGAAGCAAACACUGUUGUUGUAAAUGAAGAAGAUUUUACUUCUGAAAAUUCUACAGAUGGAGAAAAAACAGAAGAGUCAUUAGUGUCAGAAGAGCUGAUUGUAGUAGCUUCAUAUACCCUGGGCCAAUGUAGGCAAUCGGAAAAAGAAAAAAUUGUUGAACAGAACACCAUUUCCAAGCGCUUUAAAUUUGAAGAACCAUUGCUGCAAGAAAUACCUGGAGAAUUUAUUUACUGAAUUGCAACUUGUUUCUGCUCUUUUGAGACUUUGAAACAUUAACUUGGGAGACCAAUUUAUGUAUCGCCAAAUGUACAUUUAUAUGCAAAUACAUUUCUUGAUAAAGUAGGAUUCAAAAGUCAAUGAGAAAACUGUGCCAAACAUCUUAACUUUUGUGGAUUUGGUAUGUGUACGCUUACCUUAAUUGGUCAAGCAGCAUUACAGAUGACACCCACCACCCCACCAUGAUCUGGCAGCAGACUGUUUUCUCCAGCUGGCACGAUGACAAUUGAGUCAUUGCACUGGCAGGGGAAGCAGAUCGCAGCAUUCCCAAAAUUGGCCAGUCAUGGCAGGCUGCUUGGCUAGCCCUGGUCCACCUCUGGGGUACUUCACUUGGGCCAGUUUUCCACCUCCUUGGUAAGGCACCAAAAAGAAUUUGGAUAUGCAGCCCACAGUGUUGGGCACAUGUGCUUGCUUUUUCAUCUUCCUGGGGCUGCAGACUUGGUUUAACAUCCAGUGUCCAGAUUAACGUGGCUGAGUCACAGAAGUAUGUGUUGGGAACAACUUACGCCUUUCCUGUCCUCUAGAAUCAAAGCCUGUUGUCUAGAUCUGUUAGUCAUCCAGCUGGGGAAAAAUGAUCUGGGCCCAUGGAAAGACGGAUAGACCUCAUUUUGGCCAUCAUGGAUAACCUCAAGGCUCUAAAUGAACUAUACCCUAAAAUGGCCAUAUGCUGGUCUGAGUUGCUAGAGAGGUGUCAAUGGUGGCAUAUUCUGGAACUCGCUAGGAUUACCAAGGCAAGGAAGGUGGUGAACUGUGUAGUGGUGCGCAGAAUUGAGGCAACUGGUGGAAGGGUGAUUUGGCACCCAGACAUCACUUUUGACAAGGAUGUGCUUUUCAGGCACGAUGGUGUGCACCUGUCAGUCAUGGGUAAUGAUGUUUGGCUCUCAAAAUAUCAUUGACGGCCUUAGGUCCUGGUUGCAGAUGUAGGGGGUUUUGCAGCCAGCCACGUUUGGCUUGGGUAGCAGUUUAGGCAUUGGGUAAGCCUUAGUCUUUGGUGGCGAGGGGGGUGUAGCCUCUGCAUGCUCCUCCAGUAUUCAGGGGUAUCCCCUUAAAGGGAUCUGGUAGGAGUCGCAUCUCUCCAGAAGCCCAGGCUGGAGCUAGGGUCAUAGCACUCCUCAAGGCGGCUAUGACCAUGCAGGGGAUUUCUACUUGAUGUAUGUCAUAGGACCUCUUUGCCUAGAGUUGACCCCUAACAGGUAUACCCCAGCAGGCGUGCUGGUAGUUCAGUGGUUAUACCCCAUGCAUAUGCUAAACCUCUACAUCUGUAACCAGUAAAGUUGUGGCCUAAUUUCACCCUAAUCAAUGUUGUCCUGUUUAUUCGGGUGAUGGGUAUGGAGGGAGGGGCACCUGUGCCAUGCAAGUUAAAUGCCCUUCAGAAAAGAGCAGAAAGUAGCAUUUCUUUUUUCUUCUUCUGUUGGUAUGUGUAAAGCUUUUGUGCUAUAUCCUGUUUUAACUAUUCAUGGUUGGGGUUGCUGUCCUAGUGCAAGUGACCAUUGAUAAGUAUCCCACUUGUUUGGACAAGCUGAUAAACAUUGAUUUUCACCAAGUGCAGCAAAGUACCAAAAUAUAGUUAUGCCCAAAUUCUAAGUUGCUAUUAGAGUAAUCCAAAGUCCUGAACCACUGUGCUGGGCAGGAUUUGGAUGUGGCAGACAUGUCCCUCUGCUGGGCCUACUGAAAUGGUGGGUGGUACAACUGCAGGCUGUAGCCAGUAGAACCUCCAAAAUGGGCUGGCUCUUGGAUAGGGAGGGAGUGGAGCUGGUGAAAAUAAGCACAACUGCCCCUCCCAUUACUUCUCCCCUGGCCAGCAUGAGCAGUAGAGUUUUGGAUGUGGUGGUAGCACCACUAUUCCACUCAGCCUGCUCCUCCUGGCUGAGAGUUAGGAUUGCUCCACAAGCUGGUUUAUUUUCUUCAUGCUGGUUUAAGUCUUCUAUCGCAGAGCAUAAAAACUUUUAUCAUUUUUUCCAGCACAAAUUAAAAAUACAGUUUGCAUUGUACAGUAGUAAACUUGGUAAAAUAUUUGGAGUUUUUAAAUGUACUUCUAACAAUGCCAGCUUGAUCUUGGUUGGCUGCUUGGAGACAUUGCUGUACUCUUAUUAUAUUAAGACUAAUAUUAAGUCUAACGUAAGUUAUAAGCAAAAUUUAAGUAACUCUGUAAUGAAAAAAGUAGCUAAUACGUAGGGAUGCCAAUUAAUUCCAAAAACGUAAUACUGUCAAUUUGAAAUGCUACAGUACAAAAAUUAACUUUAUGAAAAAUGUAAAUAAGUGCAUGUAUAAAGUAUAAAGUAGGAAGGGGAAAUUCUCCAAAUGUAGAAAGAGGGAUUCUGGGCUCUGGUUCCUGUAGCUGCAGUUCAUAAUGUUCUCAAAUGAGUUGUCCUUUCUCAUAUAAGCUAUGGUGCUUUUCUUACAGGAACUACUGAGUUUCUGAGACGCAGCACAUGCGUUUAGCUGGAUCAAUUGCAAAUUACCACCUCUAGGUAUCAAAUACCUGGGAUGGCAGAGUUAAAUUAGAGUAUGAUCAACUCCUUGUAAGUACUCUGUAGUAAUCUAAGGGGAAGAUGAAAUGAGAUUCAAAGCAAAAUGAGUAUCAGACCAAUUUAAGUUACAUAGUAAUGUAAAGAAGUGCUGUGCCUUUAAAUAUUUCUGCAAACUCCUGGCAGAUGUAUGCUUACUGUGUGCCUUUGAACACACAAGAACUGUUGGCAAAUGUGAAACCAUUUGCUUUAAUGUAAUAAACUGGUUUUUCCUGUUC